AUGUCGUCUUAUCAGCCAUUCCAGUGCCUGGUCUGUCUCCGUCGCUUCACCCGACAUGAGAACCUCAAACGACAUUCAGCGCUGCAUUCUCGUUCUCGAAAUGAUGUGUCUCUGCCAUGUGAUUUGUGCCAGGCAACCUUCUCACGACCGGAUCUACGCCAUCGUCAUAUGAAGAGAAAGCAUGCAGAGCAUGAGCACCGACGGGCGAUCAAGAGGCCCAGACGGGACGAGUCUUUUGUACGGGCUAUCGAUAGCCACAGUAUACAACCCGAGGAUCUCGCGGUUGACAGCGAGACGGAAACGCCGAUGCAGCAUCAGCGCAGCCAUCGACACCAUGCACAAAGUGCCGAUCUGCCUAGAACCACCACGAGAGACAAAGGCGACCAGACUCAGCUUGACACAGAUACUCUGACGCAAUUGACGUCCAUUGUACCAGAUGCCACGGGGAUGGAACAGACUUUGCGGUCGAUUCUCAAGCCAACGGACCAAUUGGGUCCCCAAUCGCCUGCAAUGACCAUCUCGCAGUCUCCCUCGCUGGACAUUGACCUCAGCGGCUUCGACUUUGGUCCAGAUAUCUCUCCGAGCCCAAGUAAAGACGACCUCACCCAACCUCAGACCGAUCGGUUCCCAACUGCAGUGCAAAUCACACGCGGCUGCGACCUGUUCUUCACCAAUGUCGCACACUUUAUCCCCUUCCUGCAUCAGUCAACCUUUGACUCCACCACUCUGCCCUCGCACCUACUUCUUGCCAUGCUCUCCCUCGCCUACCAAUAUGGUGAUGAUCCGGAAUGUGAUGCUCUUAAAGGCACCGGGGCGAGCCUGUCUACUCGGUGCUUUCUCCAAGCCCGUACUGUUCUUCCUUCUACCAAUGCCAUAUCUACCAACCCUACCGAUCAGCUGGCCCUGAUCCAGACCCUCCUGCUCCUACAAAUCUGCGCCAUGCUGUACCUCUGCGGCGACUACUCCGCCCAAGGACUCCAGAUGCAUAGCAAUAUGAUUUCCCUGGCGCGCUCUUCCGGGCUCAUGCAGCCAAUUCCCACAGAAUCUGCUCAGACAUCCUGUCUCGCCUCCCUGUGGGAGGAAUUCAUCAAAGCCGAAUCCCACAAACGAACCCUCUUUGCUGUCCACCAAAUCGACGCCCUGUGGUACCAACUCCUCUCCAUCCCGCGCGCCAUCUCCCACCUCGAAGUUAAACACGAUCUCCCCUGUCCCGAAUCUCUCUGGUUGGCUUCUUCUGCCGCCGACUGGGCCCAUCGCCGACUGCUGGCUCCUCAUCCUGCCACCAACAUGCAAUAUGCCGACGCCGUGCGCCACUUCCUCUCUAGUGCCCUCACCGACCCACCUACCAGCAUAGUUCCCGCCUUUGACCCCUACGGUGCGAUCAACAUCGCGCACUUUCUCAUCUCCAGCGCGCGUGAGAUCUCCGGCUGGUCGACCAUGACGGGGAUGUUGAGCAUGGAGCGGUUCAGCGCACUCCGCUCGUCCCUCGUCGCUCUUGGCAUGUUCCUCCAUCCACAAGAUACACCCAGAACCACAGCUAUCACAGCAACCGCUCCCGCCACGUGGGAAACGGCCAUGCUCGAACUGCAAAUCUGGUCCCCAUCUCACACGGGAGGAAUUAUCAAAUCCAGCAUCGACACCAUGCUCCAACAAGCCACCGAUCUUGCCCCUUCAGCGGGGGAUAUCCUGUGUGAGGCGGAGACAGCUAAGUCCUUCCAGUCGCAUGUGGAUUGGUUCCUGGUGUAUCUGGAUACGACGGUGGAUGUGGCGGGGGAGGCACCGUGGGUGGCGCUGUACGCGUACAAGGCGUUUCUGGUGGCAUGGCAGCUGGUUCGGGGCGGAGUGCCGGGGGCGAUGCAGGCAGUGGGAGUGAGAGAUGGAGAUGCAGCUGGGGCAGUGAAAUGGGCGAGGAGGGUAUUCAGUCGAAGGGAAAAAUGGGGAGUGGGCAGGGUGAUUGGGGGUUGUUUGGACAGACUACAUUGUUGA